GUGAAUUUAGAUCAUUUCGAAGUCCUACGAGCCAUUGGCAAAGGAGCUUUUGGAAAGGUAUGCAUCGUCCAAAAGAAGGAUACCAAAAAGAUGUACGCUAUGAAGUACAUGAAUAAAAUCAAAUGUAUAGGUCAAGGGGCUGUCACCAAUGUCUUACGUGAACAAGAAAUGCUUAAAGCUCUAGAGUAUCCCUUAAUCGUUAAUCUUUGGUUCGCUUUUCAAGACGUAGAGGACAUCUUUGUCGUCUUAGAUCUACUAUUAGGCGGUGAUUUACGAUAUCAUAUUCAACAAAAUGUGCGAUUCACCGAAGACAUUGUUAAGGUUUAUCUAGUUGAAUUGGCAUCGGCAUUGGACUAUUUGAGAUGUAAAUAUAUAAUUCAUCGGGAUUUAAAACCGGAUAACAUUCUUCUAGAUGAGAAAGGUCAUGCCCAUUUAACCGAUUUUAACGUCGCAGUUUACGUUCAACCUGGAAAGAAGAUAACAAGUGUAACUGGCACUAAACCAUACAUGGCACCGGAAAUUUUUACCAACAAUUAUCUACACAAUGAUCCGCCAAGCUAUUCUUUCGCUGUUGAUUGGUGGAGUUUAGGGGUAUUGCUGUACGAAAUCUUGACGAGAAGAAGGCCAUAUGAUAUUGAGUCUAGAACGCCAAACUCCAAAAUUUGUCAAAUGUUUCAGCAAAGUAAAAAGCCUCCAUAUAGAAACCACUGGUCGCGUGAAUUUUUGGAAGUCAUAACCGAUCUGCUAGAAAUUAACGAAGAUGAUCGCUUGCAAAGUGUUCAACGUUUAAAGACCUACGAUUUUGUUGCUGGUAUUAACUGGUCAGAUAUUGCAGAGAAAAAAUUGCAGCCCUCGUUUAUUCCAUCGCAACGUAGCUUAAAUUGCGAUCCAGCGCAUGAACUAGAAGAAAUGAUUGUUGAGCCGAACCCAUUACAUAAGAAAAAGAAAAGAUUAGAUAAAAAAAAUAAGGUAGCUGAUACAGAUGUAAUUUAA